CGCCCAGACUUGUUUUCGUUUAGAGUAAGUGGUAAUGAGACGUGCUGUUGUGUUGUAAAAUUUCGUUCUCGGAUAUUCUCGUUUUCGAAGUAAUUUUCGUAUUCGUUAUUUUUCGUUUUAAUUAAAAAUUUUCAAUUUUGUGCAAUUGUUUAGUGAUUCAGUGUGAAAUAUUUUCGAGUGUUCGAUCGGUAGUUAUUACCUACUUAAAUGUUAUUCGAGUGUGAAAAUUUUAAUCAACAUCGUGAUUGAAAACAUGAACGUAUAACCUCAUUAUACGCUACGUGUACAUCGACGAUGGUCAACUACGAGUAAUUACGGUCUCCGAGCUCUCCGAGUCCGAGUCGUCGAAAAACAAAAGCAGAAAGGAAACUAGACACCACCAAUCCCAAUCGUUCCAACAACGUCGUAAUUGGUUAAGAGAGUAAAAGGUUAAUCCGUUUUAAUUCCGCUAUCCUGAUUAUCGACGAAGGCGUUAAACAUAUUAUAAACUCACAAUCAGUUUGCGGUCUCAACAUAAUAUAACUAGUACGACUCGAUGAGUAUAGUAUUAUAGUUUCUCAAGAAUACCUACAACAAAAAAAAAAUCUACGUUGAAAAAAAAAGAUCAAAAUGCCGGUGGGAGACGCCGAGAGGAAUUUCAACGACGACGAUUUCUGGCCAGCUAUUAAUGCAGAUUUAGCUACGAUCCACAAGUUACUCGACUGCGAAGAAUACACACCGACUCCUCCAGAUCCUGGUAUUUGUCCAGGCUGCAACAUGCCAUUCGAUAAAGGUAAAAAGAGGAAGUUGAUUGAUACUUGUGGACACGAACGAUGUUACUCUUGUAUGUUCCGAAACGAAGCUUGCCCAUUGUGUACGUCGAACGAUCAAGUAAAACCACCUAAAAAGUCAAUCGGGUAUCCAGAUCUGUUACAAGAGCCAGUUAAUGCCCAUUACGGCGAAAUAAAAAAAUGCGCUUCGACUAUGCUACCGACCAGCGGCUACACUCGUCCUAAAGUCAAAACCAACGGACAUUUUACAUCAUUAAUGCAAGCUCGUGGCAUUCAAGAUAGCGAAUGUUGUUGGCGUGAUGUAUCUCCUAGCCGAUUACCCAAACCUCUAAGACAGGGAGAUCUUUGUUCGCAGCCGUCGUCUUCUACCAGCAACGUCAUGACUCAAAGUUGUCCAACACCUCCAAACCGUCGACGAUUCUUCAGCUCCCGAGCACUAAAAGGAUCAGUUUGGUCAUUCAAAGGAUUAUCUCAAUCAUCAAACAACAACAAUACGAUAUCAGAUGAAAUGACCACUUCUGCUCCUGUGGUCGAUACACGACGAUGGUCUACGGUGGUGUUAGGUAAAAUCAAAACAUUAUGGUCGUACAGCAGCAGCUCCUUGAUGGCUGGAUUGAACGCUAUUUCUACAGACGAUGAAGGUGGAGCAACGAGACAAACUUUCACACCAGAUAAAAAAGGCUCUCAAAAUGAUCUUUACACUCGUCUCGGCCUGCUACUUGGAGAUAAAGCUAAACGCAGUUCAUCGUCUAGUAGAAGUCGAUCGUGUAAUCGUAGCAUCGAUUCGGCUGCUUCUGUCACAUCUUUGGCCACCUUAGACGUUAAUAAUUUUCCUUCUAGUAAUACGAGUCCGGUAUCUACACUCACAGGUUCAUCAGAAACUGAUCCAAAUCGAUCGAAAAAGGAACAAUCCUCAGACAGCGUGAGCUCUCUGAUGUCCAUGUCCAGCCACAGUAAUUGUUCAUCGAGUCCUUUAACUAGAAGACAUUCAGUAACCACAUCACAACCUGGUCAAAUCGAAGAACUGACAUUAUUCAAGAACAGAAAAUCGUCUAUAAGAAGAUCUGCACGUUCUGGUACAAUCAAAGGACCUAUAGACCCUAAAAUUAGGUUCGCCCAGUACAGAACGCAUCAGCAAAUGGUGUCGCGACAGUUGAAUUUAAAGCCUUUAUUUUUCGAAGUUCCAUUACAAGAACCAGACCCAAUGUUUCUCGGGCGCGACUGGUUGAUCAGAGAGGUAGAAGAAUUAAAUAGCUUUGAAGAUAAUCCCGGUAUAUUGAUUACUGGUCUACCUGGUACCGGCAAGACGGCUUUAAUACUGCAAUUAGUCGAACAUAGUUGUUUCGGACGUCACAGAGAACCGAUUUAUAAACAAGUAGAUCUACACACAAUAAACGGUAAAGACAGGCCAACUUCUUCAAGUCAAUAUUCAAUUUACUGUCAAACGAAUCUAGUCUCAGAACGUCUAAAGGAUCUCGCUUCAAGAGUUGUCGCCUAUCAUUUUUGUCAGGCUGACAACAAUAGCACUUGUAUGGUUCCUGAUUUUGUUCAUUCAAUAGCUGCCCAAUUAUGCCAAGCACCAGUACUUUCCGAUUACAAAGAUUACCUUUUAAGCGAAUCUUAUUUACAAGGAUCUUUAUCGAUGAAAGAAUGCAUCGCUGAUGCCGACCUAGCAUUUACCAGAGGUGUCCUGGAGCCUUUAUCGAAUAUCCAGAAACUGGAUGGUUUAGCUCCUGGCGAACAUGUGUUCAUAUUAAUAGACGCGCUUUGCGAAGCCGAAUAUCACAGACCAGAUUAUGGCGAUACAAUCGCAUCUUUUUUGGCCAAGCAUACGCCUAAUUUUCCUCCUUGGUUGAAAGUCAUCGCAACCGUUCGUACGCAUUUGGAAGAAGUGUUACCAGCCUUGCCUUUUUCAAAGAUCAGUUUGGAUAUCAAUAGUCAACACGUUGAAAACGUUCAAAAAGAUUUAUUGAACUACAUUAACUUCAGAGUAACCAACAGCCCGAGUAUUCAAAGUAAUUUGGUUACCGGAGCUGCGGGACAAUACAGAUUCUGUCAGCAUUUACUGGGAUUAUGCCGAGGGUCGUUUUUAUUCGCCAAAUUAACGUUGGAUUUAUUCGAAAGAGGGCAUUUGGUUGCGAAAUCGACCAGCUUUAAAGUAUUACCUGUUACGUUGGCGCAAAUUUAUCAACUUCAUUUUAAUCUCAGAUUUCCUACCGCUAGUGCAUUCCAAAAGGUUUCGAGCAUUUUAAGCGUAUGUUUGGCGGCUCUAUAUCCUUUGACUAUCAGCGAAAUAUAUUAUUCGGUGAAUUCGUUGAAUGUUCAUACUUUUGUUCCUUGGGAAGAAUUCCUUCAAAGAUUUAAGACACUUUCAGAAUUUUUAGUCAAACGUAUGGAUAAUACCUACAUGUUCUUUCACCCUUCGUUCAGAGAAUGGUUAAUUAAACGCGAGGAAACAGAAAGCAAUAAAUUUCUAUGCGAUUUAAGAGCUGGCCAUGCAGCGAUAGCUUUCCGAUUUUCGAGACUAGAAGCUCCUCUGGACGCUGAGAAAACUCUGGAAUUAGGACAUCACAUCUUGAAAGCUCAUAUUUACAAAAAUAUGACGCUACAUAAAUAUUCGUCGCGUGAUUUGCAAUCUUACUGGGUCGUGUCGGUAUCUCGUAAUGUUUCUCAAGCAUUAUGCUGCCUUCGAAAUGUUUACAGUCCCAAUAUCAAAGUGUCCAGAUUAAUGCUGCUCUCUGGCGCAUCUCCUAAUCAUAUCACAGAGUACCUUGGUCAAGCACCGAUCCUGUGCUUAUUCGCUAACGAAGGUGUUUCCGAAAUGGUAGCCUUAUUGUUGGAAUUCGAAGCCGAUGUCGAUCUAGCCAAUAACCAAGGAUGCACACCUCUCAUCAUGGCUGCCAUUAAAGGUCAUCAGGAUAUUAUCGAACAAUUAAUCGGAGCUGGAGCUAUUUUAGGCAGAACUGAUACAGCUGGCAGAUGUGCUUUGGUACACGCUGCUCGUAAUGGUCAUUUGAAUAUUCUGGCGUAUUUGUUAACUUGUGACUGGGUAGUGGAUUCUCAGCAACGUGAGGUUGAAUUAUCUCAGGCGACUCAACAAGCGUUGGUAGCUGCUGCAUCUCAAGGACAUGAAGAGAUUGUCGAGUAUUUAUUGGAUAUGAGCUCUGUUGAUAUCGAUGAACAAUGCCCAUUAACUGGAGAAACAGCUUUAACUAUUGCAGCAGCAAAUGGCUGCCAUAACGUGUGUUCCCUAUUGAUAAAUAAAGGAUGCAGAAUAUCGGCUACAAAUAGAAAGGAUAUGUCUGCUUUGAUGGUCGCUGUCAAAGAAGGUCAUUGGGCCGCUACCGAACGACUGAUCCAAUACCAAGCAGCUUUAGAGCAGUGCGAUAACGUUGGUCGAACACCAUUGAUGAUGGCUGCAGCAGAAGGUCACGUUGCCAUCAUCGAUCUACUGUUAAUCAAAGGAGCUAAUAUAACUACAGAAGAUUGCGAAGGUAUGACUGCCUUGAGCUGGGCAUGUUUACGAGGUAAAAUCCAAGCAGCUCAAUGUUUAUUGGAUAACGGGGCUGAUAUCAAUCAUGCGAAUAAGAUUGGAAGAACUCCUUUGGAUUUAGCUGCCUUCCAAGGCAAUCCUGGACUGACUCAACUGUUGAUGGAUAGAGGAGCGAUGAUCGAGCAUGCUGAUCUAGAAGGAGUACGACCUCUAGAUCGUGCCAUUAGCUGUCGAAAUAUACCAGUCGUUCAAUGUUUCCUUCGCAAAGGAGCUAAAUUAGGACCCACCACUUGGAGCAUGGCUGCUGGAAAAUUGGAUAUAAUGCUAGUUUUGCUGAAUAAAUUACUCGAAGAUGGCAACGUAUUAUAUCGUAAGAGCAGAUUACGAGAAGCAGCUCACAGGUAUAACUACGCUCUAAGUAAAUUUCCGGCGUAUCAGGAACUCGAUUCAACUUUCAAACAACUACGAUUAAACUUCCUCCUAAAUUAUUCUCGUUGUAAACGUAAAAUGAACGAACCUGAAAGUGCUGUUGAUCUGGCUACAGAAGUUUUAAAAGUACGUCCUGAUUCGUACGAAGCUUAUUAUGCCCGAGCCAAAGCAAGAAUGGAUUUGAGAAUGUACGAAGAUGCUCUUUCCGAUAUCCAGGAAGCGUUGAUAGUAUUACCUCCUCAGAACCGCGACGUUAGACGAAUCCUGCUUAAAUUAAAGGAUGAAAUUAAAGGAGGUACUUCUACAGCUUCAUCUGUCGACACGUUGAAUUGUCCUACCGAAACGUCUUUGUAAAUGUAAAAGCUACUAUCCAGAAUAGUUUUUCUAUCGACGAAUUUACGACUUGAUAAUCGAAACGAGUACAGUGUUGAAAAUUAUUAUUUUUCAACCUGUUAGUAUGUGUUUGUUCUCUCUACUUUAUAAAUAUCUACGUAAUGUUCCUAUAUAAAAUGCAACGCAAUAAUCUGUGGAAUUUUUUCAUUUUUAUCCUAAAACACGAUGGUAUUUUUUUUUUAAAUUUAAGAAACCCAAAAUGUACAAUGAAUUUUUUUUUUAUUUGUUUGUGAUUUUCAAAUAUUUGUGUUUAAUUUUUCGAUAGUGUGUGUACGUUAAACAAAGUAUCGAUAGCUGUAUGUAUUUAGGCUUAUCAUUGUUCGUUUAAAUUAUUAUUUCGAUGAAGGUUUUAUCUAAAUUAUUUCAAAGAUGCCAAAGUCCGAGUGUAGACGUUUGCGUAUCAAUUUUCCUACAUUUAUUCCCAAAUAUUUCUUUAUAACAUAUUCUUUCGAGUUUUGGGUGUUGAUGCUUUACUAAAAUUGGAACAAAAAAUGGAUUAUUGUAAAAAGUAUUAUUUUUUCUCUCUUUUUUUUACCAAAUAAAUAUACCGAAGUCAUUAAAGAAAAUUUCCAAGUUCUGUGGUAACUAUUUUCAACGCCACUUGAUUAUACUAUCGUAUGAAUUCAAAAUCGAAUAUUUUUCGAGUUAUUAUUGUACAAAUGACUUUUAUUGUAGGUAUAUCACACGAAUUAUGUAGUUGAAAAAUAUAGAAAUGAAUAUUCGCGAUUAAAAUUACGAAUUAAUAUUUUUUAUACUUCGUAGAUUUAACGAGUUUACGUGUAUUCGAGUAAUUUUUAAAUCGUAGGAGAGAUAUCGUUAGUUAAUUUAUUAUUGUGCAAUUAUUUAUUCUUUAAAAUGAAAAAAAAAAAAAAAAAAAAAAACAUUAAAUGUCAGCCUUUGUUGAACGUAACCACUUGGUAGUUUUCGUUUUGCAAAAUAAAAUUUCAGAAA